AUGCCCUCGAAUUCGCGGCUUGGCAACUUCGAAGUGCCGGACUUGUCCUUCAACGAGUACUUUAUUGGCCACUUACUGGAGAAGGUGAAACAAUACCCCAACCGAAAAGCUUACAUCUCGGCCGAGAACCCGAGUGAUUUUGUAACUUUUGAGCAACUCUACAACAACAUCAAGAUCAUCGAGACUUACUUGUUUUCGAUUGGCUUCAAGAAAGGAGAUGUUGUCAUGAUAGCGUCACAAAACUGUUGGCAAUACAUUGCGAUUUUUGGAGCUGUUGUAUCGCGAGGAGGGGCGUUGAGUGGGGCCAACUCGGAUUUCACUGCCUGUAAGUUAUUUUGCCAAAUUUAUUGGGGAUAUCAAUGGUUUUGAGAUGAAAAUCUUGAGAUUCCAAAGGCCAAGGGCUUGAAUAUAGCUGGGGUUUUCCAAAGAUGCCCUGUUUAUUGUCGAAAUUUUUAUUCUCCAAUUUUCAGACGAGCACAAUCGCCAGAUCAAGGACUGCGGAGCCAAACUCGUCUUCUGCUCCAGCGACACUUUAUCCAAGAUCCUCGAAGCCACCAAGGGCCUCAACGUCAAGGUGGCUUUGAUUGACGACAACCCGAAAGUCAAGUUGCCCGCUGGAGUCGUCCGGUUCUCCGACAUUAUAAAGACCAAGCCAAAGAAGUUGCCCGUGCCAAAGAUCGACAAAGAAAAAGACCUCGUUCUUAUCCCAUACAGCUCUGGAACCACCGGAGAUCCGAAGGGAGUCAUGAUCAGCCACAAAAACAUUGUCUCCAUGCUCGAGGCCAUUGACAGGUAAGGGAGGAGUCGUUGCAAGUCGUUGCAAACCUAGCUCAAGUUUUUGAUGACUAUAUGUAGCUUCUCUAAAAGAGUUUUUAAAAUCCUCGAUAGUUCCUGAAAAACAAGUGCCUGAAAAUCUUCUAAAUACCAACAGCAAGCUAGCUGGAAUUUCUUAACAGUCUUGAGAGAUCAAAAAAAAUUUCAGUGAGGGACCUGAUCCAGUAGCAAAAAACGUUCCAUUUUGCAUCCGGGAAACAUCGAAAAAUGUAGCAAAAUACCUCCUUCUCCAAGUGAAAAAACUCCGAUUUCAAAAACGCGCCCACCCUUUUUGUGAGGGCUUUUCAAAACAGAGCUUUUUUGGUUGGAGAGGGAGGCAUUUUACCAUGUCUUUUGAUACUUCCCGGAUGCAAAAUGGUACGUUUUUUGUCACUGGAGCAGGUCCAUCACUGUACAUAUCACUGUGUCAUUCUUCCGUUUUCAGAUACUACGACAGAAACCUGAUGGGCUCCCUCGGCAUCGAGAUGGAAAAGGAAACCAUCUGCCUGAUCAUGCCGAUGUUCCACGUCUACGGUUGUUGUGUUUGUGCGAACGCGGUGAUUCGCGGAACCACUACGGUGUUGAUGAAAAAGUUCGACUUUGAGUUGCUGUGCAAGACAAUCCAAGAGCAUAAGGUGAGAAUUUCUGGAGCAAAGUUCACGCAAAAAAUGCGUUCAAAAAUUUAAUUGGCUAACGAGAACAACCUUGAUUCUUUGAUGUAAAUAGGGAUGUUGGCGGAAAGAGUGGGAUGAUAAGAAAUCAGGUGGUCAUUAAGAAUGGCUCAGUUCAUUGCGCGGGGAAUUUAGUGUGUAAUUUUGGCGAUUGUCUACAUAGUUUGGAGAUGACUGCUUUGAUGGAAAUGUUGCGAAACAAAAGGCAGAGGUGUAUCAACAGAAUUUUCCUAAAAACAAAAUCGAAAAAAAAAUUUUUUGCAUUGUAUUAAGUCGUCCAGAAAGUUCGUUCGUCUUUUCAUUGCUGUUUUACAAGGAUUAUUUGUUCUUUGGCAAAUGGAAUAAAUUUAUUUGAUACAGCUUUUUCCCCUCUGCAAGACUGGCUGUAUCAAAUAAAUAUAUACCCUUUGCCAAACACCAUACAAUCCUCGUAAAACAAAGCGAUGAAAAAACGAACGAACUUUCUGGACGACCUAAUACAACAAACUGAAAGUCACAAAAUUUACCUCACAAAAUUUUUCAGGUUAAAGUCCAAUUCCUUGUCCCAAUGAUUGUCCUCCUCCUCGUCCAUCAUCCCGCCGUCAGCAAGUACGACCUCAGCACUCUCAGAGUCAUCCAGUCCGGCGCUGCUCCGCUGGGCGCCGACAUCUGUGAACUGGCCGCGAAAAAGUAUCCUCAUCUGCAAGUCCUCGGACAAGGCUACGGAAUGACUGAAGCCACUGUUGGCACUCAUUUCCUGGCCAACAGUAAGACCAAUUUUGCGCAGACAGGCUUGUUGGCACCAAACAUGCAAAUGAAGAUCAUUGAUCCGGAAACCGGAGCCGAAGUGCCUCCGGGCAAGGAGGGAGAGGUCUGUGUUCGAGGCCCUAAUGUGAUGGUGGGAUAUCUGCAUAAGCCGGAGGCUACCAACAACACGAUCAUUGAGGGCUGGCUUCACACCGGUAAGGAAUUGUUUUCAGACUUCUUCCAACUAACGGGGGAAGUACCCCAAGUGCGACGCCCAGAUUUUGAUGAAAGUUGGCACAAAUUUAGAAUAAUUUUUUCUAAAUUAAAUGCGAGAAUCCUAGCUCGCGCUUUGCAGAAAAAACCGAGAUUUUUCGAUCGAAAGUUGGCGAAAAUUUGACACUUUAGCGCAGAUCUUUGAUUUCCCUCAAAUUUUCUUGUACUUCCCCUAUGAGUCGUUAAUCCUCCUUUUUAACCGACUCUUAUUUUAGGAGACAUUGGCUACGAAGACAAGGACGGCCUCCUCUACAUUGUGGAUCGUCUGAAGGAACUGAUCAAAGUCAACGGCUUCCAAGUCCCUCCAGCUCAACUUGAAGGUCUCUUGACCUCUCAUCCCGCCAUUGCCGACGCUGCUGUCAUUGGAAUUCCCGAUCAACGAGCUGGCGAAUUGCCAAAGGCAUACGUUGUGAGGAAAUCGGACUCUUUGACUGAAGAGGAUGUCAAGAAAUUCGUCGCUGACAAGACCGUUCACUACAAACACUUGCGAGGAGGUGUUGAAUUCGUUAAGGAGAUCCCCAGAAGUCCUUCGGGGAAGAUCUUGCGGAAGGACUUGAGAGCGCUGGAGAAGAAGAGAGCUCAGGCCAAAUUGUAG